AUGUCGGUCGUUUCACUCCUUGGGGUGAACAUCCUCAACAACCCUGCCAAGUUUACCGACAACUAUGAAUUGGAGAUUACUUUCGAGUGUCUCGAGCAGUUAGAAAAGGAUCUUGAAUGGAAGCUGACCUAUGUUGGCUCUGCUACCUCCGAUCAAUAUGACCAAGAGCUCGACUCGCUCCUCGUUGGGCCUAUCCCUGUUGGCGUCAACAAGUUUGUCUUCGAAGCAGAUGCCCCGAAAACGACGCGCAUUCCGGAUGCAGACAUACUCGGUGUUACUGUCAUCUUGCUGACUUGCUCCUACGACGGCCGCGAAUUCGUUCGCGUCGGCUACUACGUAAACAACGAAUACGAUUCCGAUGAGCUCAACGCAGACCCUCCCGCCAAGCCUAUCAUCGAGAAGAUCAGACGUAACGUUCUUGCUGAAAAACCGAGAGUCACACGUUUUGCCAUCAAAUGGGAUUCCGAAGCUUCUGCCCCCGCCGAGUUUCCACCGGAGCAACCCGAAGCUGAUCUUCAAGCUGACGAGGAAGAGUAUGGAGCUGAAGAGCUCGAUGAAGACGUCGAGGAUGAGGCCGAUGGCGUUGCGGAUAAGGCUGGCGAGAGCAGUGCUGUCGCUGCUGAUGGUGACGCUGAGAUGGGCGGCGCCGAGGAGGCUGGAGAGAUUGGCGGAGAAGAUGAGAUGUCCGAGGAUGGAAGCGUCGAUCUCGAGAAUGAAAGUGACGAUGAAUUGGAGGAGGAUGUAGAAGGCGAGGCUGGUGCUCAAGGCGAUGUGGCGGGUGGUGAUGAUGCCAUGGAGGUGGACGACAACAUGCCUGAUGCACCAAACCAGAAGGGUGUUGCAGCUCGCUAA